AGGAGUCUUCGGCACCAUGUCUGGUUUGUCCGGCCUACUAUCCCAGCGUGGCCCUUGCCCGUUGGCGUUAUUACUUUUGCUCCUGCUCGGCCCCAGUUCGGUCCUCACCAUCUCCUUCCAUCUGCCUCUGAAUUCCCGCAAGUGCCUCCGCGAAGAGAUCCACAAGGACCUGCUGGUGACGGGCGCGUACGAGAUCACCGACCAGUCUGUGGGCGCUGGCGGCCUGCGCACCCACCUCAAGAUCACAGAUUCCGCUGGCCACAUUCUGUAUUCCAAGGAGGACGCAACCAAGGGGAAGUUUGCUUUUACCACUGAAGAUUAUGACAUGUUUGAAGUGUGUUUUGAAAGCAAGGGAACAGGGCGUAUACCUGACCAACUCGUGAUCCUAGACAUGAAGAGAAGAGAGGAGGAGAUGCGGGACACCAAUGAGUCAACGAACACUCGGGUCCUGUAUUUUAGCAUCUUUUCGAUGUUCUGCCUCAUCGGACUAGCCACCUGGCAGGUCUUCUACCUGCGACGAUUCUUCAAGGCCAAGAAGUUGAUUGAGUAAUGGGGCGCCAUCCCCUCCCACCCUGUAUCACUCAGCAGAACAUCGCUGAAACACGCCUGGCCCGAGGCACCCUACCAACAGCACCACCAAGAAACACUGGAGCUUUUCUCACCAGAACUGAUCUCUUUUGGGGUGGGGGGACAUGGGGUACCACCUAGACCCAACAAGCCAAUGAGAGACUUCUUUUAAUUUGGUAGGGUUUGGACUGGUUUUGCAACAGUAGGUCUAUUAUUAGGGUCACCUGUGAAGAAACUAGGGGAUCCCUAGAUAAUGCCAAAGCCAGCAUUUUUACCUGGGUUUCCUCACAUGGUCCAUUUGAACCAUGUUUUCUUUCUUUUUCCCACUUGCCCGCCAGCCUGGGCCUCCACUCUUCCUUCUCUUCUCAAGA